AGUUUUCCAAAAUUAUAUUAUUGGUUUGCCACAAGAUCAACCCACUAUUGCACAGUUAAAGAAAGCCAUUGCCGCACAAGCAAACAUUCAACAAAAAAGAGAGUUAAGAGAACGUCAAGAAGAGCGUCUACGCCGGAGAACACAAAAUGUGAUCCAACAAGCCACUACCAAUAUGGAUGGCACUCUGUUGGCGUGGUGGGCAAGUGGAAACAAAACAACAACGACUACUACUAACAGCCAGCUAGAGAGCAAUAACGAUAACACCGCCAAAGAGAAAUGCCAAGAGCAAGACAAUAGCAUUACAAGAAAAACAACAACCUGUGAGACAAUGGCAGCAACAGCAACGUUGUUGAAGUCCAAACAGUCCAUUCGGCGAACUGGUGAAUUAGUUUGUUCUGCGGCACACAACGGUCAUCAACAUAGGCCGUGCGUUAGCUGGCGUUACCUAUGGCGAACAUACGCUCUAUUCGAUCCCGCCACCAAAUCGCUGAUAAAUGAUGAAAACGGUCGCAAAUUGUUAAGUGAAUGUGGCAUCGAGAAUGCACAGACUCUAAAGUUUACCAAACGUGAAAAAUAUUUGGGCAAAAAGCGGCAAUAAAAA